AAUCUGCCCUAGGAAAGGACUUCGUUUUCACUUCUCGAUUCAGAAUGAAUCAAGAAGGCGUACUGGCUUGUUGCUCCGUUUGCAAUCAGCACACCGUUAGGAGAUGUUCGCGUUGUCUCAGUAUUUACUAUUGUAACACGGACCAUCAACGCCAAGAUUGGAAAAGACACAAACCAGAGUGCGUGCCAAGAACACCAAAACAAGGUCCGAGAAACGAGAAAAUUGGCGAACAGGGGAGGUGAAAGACGACGCGCCUCACGGCGAGGCGAGCAGCGGGCAGCAGAGCGUUUCGACACCCGACGGAAGUGCAACAAGUGAAUACAAGACGUUUGAAAAGUUCUAAGAAAAAAAACGCGAAUAAAGAAGGUAGUGUUAAAGUAAGUAAACAAAACUCUGUGGGUACCUCGGGGGUGAACUCGGGCGCCGUACCCAAGAAUCUUAGCGUGAUAUCUAGUGUUUUGUGUGCUAGUAAGGAUAAGGACAAAGUGAAUAGUGCCAUAACUUACGAGGGUUCGUCAGAGCAGGAGAUUCUUAGUGAAUCCGCGCAGCAACUUAGUGCUGUGGAGUUUUCAACGGCCAGUACGACAGUGAAGGCUGUUAAAACUGAGCCAAACAUGUUGGCGGUGGCAGGUUACUCCGGGGAGCAAGCCCCUAUGAAGGAGUACCCGGAAGGGACAGUGAGGAACAGCAGUGCGCCGUUCGGGCAGCCACAGAACAGUUUCUACAUGAACCCUAGUGACCAGUGGUACAACAUAUGCCAGCAAGUAAUUAGUGACAUGACUCAGUUUGGAGUGUGUGUUUUGGACAAUUUCCUAGGGCAAGAAAGGGGACAUUUAGUGAGAAAUGAAGUGUUAAAAAUGUACAAUUCAGGCAUAUUUCAAGCAGGAGAACUAGUAGCCAACCCCGGCAGUACGGAUGCGCACACGGUCAGAAGCGAUAGGAUCACCUGGAUAGAUGGGAAAGAACGACAUUGCUUCUACAUCAAGCAGCUCAUCAACCAAGUCGACAACAUAAUCCUCAGGGCGAACAAGAUGCCGAACAACGGGAAACUCGGAGACUACACGAUCAACGGCAGGACGAGGGCGAUGGUGGCGUGCUACCCGGGUUCCGGAACGCACUACGUGAAACACGUGGACAACCCCAACAAAGAUGGCCGCUGCAUCACCGCCAUAUACUACCUGAAUCUCAACUGGGACAAGGAGCGCUGCGGCGGCCUGCUCAGGGUGUUUCCCGAAGGCCUGGACGAGGUAGCGAAUAUCAAGCCGAUCUUCGACCGCAUGAUCUUCUUUUGGUCGGACAGAAGAAACCCUCACGAGGUUCAGCCCGCCUAUGAAACUAGAUAUGCCAUCACGCUGUGGUAUUUCGAUGCCAAAGAGCGGGCUGAAGCUUUAAAACGACAUCGCCAAAACCACGUGCCGAAUUCCAGUCAGUGAUAUUCGGACCCGGGCUCCUGCAGAGCGAGCCAGGCCUUCCACCCUCCGGUGGCACGUUUGAUCCUCCGCUAACCAGCGAGAGAUAGACUUAGGACAUUAUUCGAAGGGCCCAUUUACAGAACUCUCUUGCGAGUUAUUACAUUGCGGUAUUUAAUUGAUAGCUCAACAGUCCGCAAUGUAGCUUAAAUCGCAUGCGAGUUCCCACGCCAUCUAAAUACUCUAUAGGCGUUUUUUCAUAAACGCUUCAAGUAGGGCGUCUGAUAGCUGGCAAGAUGGAUGCCAUUGUAGGUAAAAACCGGUGCGCGCGUUCGCGUCAGUAAGCGUUGCUGAGACUAUUUUUCGGACGCUUGGACGCUUAGGGUCGAUACAGCCACUGCAAACUUAUAAUCGGAAUUGUAUGCGGUAUCAGUUGGCGUGAGGUCCCAUACAUGCAUUCUCUCUGUAUCGGCCCUAGCAAUCCCUCGAUAAAAUGGCGUGUCCUUAUCAUUUUAAUUUUUUUUACAAAUUGACGAAAAGGUUUGCUAAGUUUUGUGUACGAAUUAGUACUGGCUAUUUUAGUGGUAUUUUUACCACAUUUAGGACUUUGUGUGUUACGUUUCAUAGUACGGUUUGACUGUGAUCCCUGUUAAGUAUUAAUUAUUAUUGACCUAUAUUUUAUACUAUCACUAUACUAUUAUAUUCAGAAUUAGAUACUCAUGUUAUUGCAUAAAUAUAAUAGAAAUACAAUUAUUUAUUGUCUGUACUCUUAACUACUAUGUGUUUUCCUAUAUUUUCUUUUUAAUACUUAUUUUUACACUUCUUCUUUCAAUUAUUAGUAUCAAUAGACCUCCGUUCUUCAUUUUACCUUAUCUAAUUCUGAGUACCAAGUAACCACCGCCAUAAAAUUUUAAUAUCUAAAAAAUAGAUAACAAUCAUACAGUUUCAGCACUCAAGCCAUACACGAUUUUUCGUCUGAUAACACAGUCCUACUAGAUAGUUAUACAUUUUUGUAAAUCACCAUUGAUUUAUUUCAAUAACAAUCUGUCCUUAACUUGUAAAACACGUCGCAAACUCAUAUUAAAAAAAAACGAACAGGUUAUAAAUGUGAAUGGUUUUGCACGUAAGAAUAUUUUUACGCAUACCUGACCUCUGUGCUACGUACACUAAGCUGUACAUGUAAUGGGUUAAAGAUAUUGUAAAAACGCCUCAGAAACGUCAAAUGAAAAAGUCGCUAGUGAUGUAACAAAUGGCGAUGGUUCGGUCGGAUUAAUCGAUUCUUGCCGAAAUGAGGCGUUUUUAAAAAUUGUAGCGUGAUUUUACAAAAAAUGUAUGAUGUUAAGGAAAACAGUAUAUUUUGUAAUACUAUUAUGUAUAGUUUUAACAUUCACUCUGCCAACAGGCAGAAAAGUCAUAUUACGUAGUUUAGAUGUAAGUAGUACUUUUUGUUGUCAAUUUUGAGUGUUUAAAAAGGCCUUGAAGUAUUAUUUUAUAUUGAAAAUCCAUCUACUUCAUUAUUUUAUUUACAUCCGCUGGCAUAAUUUUACUUUUUUAAUGUGCAAUAUACUUAAAUAAAUAAUACAUAAAGAAGAAAAUAACAAAAAUAGAUAAUGUUAUUUAUUUGGGUAUUGGCCACAUACAUAUGAAUGUUGCCUUAGUCUGUUGUAGAAUAUCCGCGGAUACUAUGUGCCUAAGACUGAAUUAAAAUUCUACCAUUCAAAUAUUUAAAAGAAUUGUAAUUUGAAUAGUCUUAUUUAUUUCUAUUUUGUUCAUAUUAUACAGAAAACUGCCAAUAUGGCACUCCUGAGUUUUCAAUAUACAUUUAAAUAAUAAUCUGUAGGUAAAGAUUGCAGUUUUGAAUGAUAUGUUACCUCAUUAAAAUAGUCGCAUGUCAUAUUAUUAAUGUAAAUAAUCACAAAAAUUAAUAUUAAAGUGAAUAAACGUUGAUACAUCAAUAAUA